CAUCCCCACAGAAUCAAACUAUAGCAGAUCUAGGGGUUGAAACAACUUGCGAGAUUUUUUUUUUUGGGCCGUAAAGGCAAUUUCAAUGACUUGAGGGGCUAAAUAUCACAAAAGCAACCGCAGGAAGUAUGCAAUCCUAGAUGCAUCUCAGAUCCGGAGCGUAGACAACUGGGUAGCAUUUUUACCCAGGGACUCUAUCCCCACCCAGAAACCACGCCUCUCCCCGUAUCCGCGCGAGAUGGCCGGAAAACAUUUCGCCUUCUCAUCAACAUCCAGAUCUCCACCUUCAUCCUCCCUCAUCCUCAUCGCCGUCAUCGCCCUCCUCUCCCUCCUCUCCCUCCUCCUCCUCUUCUCCUCCUCCUCUCCCUCCACCGGCCAUGUCCCAACCCAAACCCUAACCCUAACCACUAACCCUAACCCUAACCCUAGAUCCGCGUCCCCUCCCGAGUACUCCUUCGUCGCCUCCCUCGAGCGAUUCCUCACCUCCAGAUCCCAAUCCCACCCGUCCUCUGCCUCCUCCGACGCCCCGGAGUCGGCCGAGGCGCUCGAUCGAUUGAUCUCGAGGAGGGAGGAGGAGAGUGGGGAUCGAUUUGGUUUGUCGGUUGUUAGGGUUUACGUUUACGAGAUGCCGGCUAAGUUUACCUACGAUCUGCUUUGGUUGUUCAGGAACACUUACAAGGAGACUGUGAAUCUCACUUCUAAUGGCUCCCCCGUUCACCGACUUAUCGAACAGCAUUCAGUUGAUUAUUGGCUGUGGUCUGAUUUGACUGCUCCGGAAUCAGAGAGGCUGUUGAAGAAUGUUGUCAGGGUUCAUAGGCAAGAAGAGGCAGACUUGUUUUACAUUCCAUUUUUCACAACCAUUAGCUUCUUCUUAUUGGAGAAACAACAGUGCAAGCAACUUUAUAGGGAGGCACAGAAGUGGGUCACUGAUCAGCCUGCAUGGCAGCGUUCAGGAGGAAGGGAUCAUAUUCUUCCUGUUCACCAUCCUUGGUCUUUCAAGUCAGUUCGCAAGUUUAUGAAAAAAGCUAUUUGGCUUCUUCCUGACAUGGACUCUACUGGGAACUGGUAUAAGCCUGGACAAGUCUGGCUGGAAAAGGAUCUCAUCCUUCCAUAUGUUCCAAAUGUUGAACUAUGUGAUGCCCAAUGUAUGUUAGAAACACAGCCGAAAAGAAACACAUUGCUCUUUUUCCGUGGAAGGCUUAAACGGAAUGCUGGAGGAAAGAUCCGUAGUAAACUUGGGGCAGUGCUACAUGAUGCUGAAGGGGUUGUUAUAGAAGAGGGAAGUGCUGGAAUGUCUGGCAAAGAAGCAGCCCAGACUGGCAUGCGCAAAUCUAUAUUUUGCUUGAGUCCAGCUGGGGAUACGCCAUCUUCUGCCAGGCUUUUUGAUGCAAUUGUAAGUGGGUGUAUCCCAGUUAUAGUCAGUGAUGAAUUGGAGCUUCCUUUUGAAGGAAUUCUCGAUUACCGCAAGAUUGCUCUUUUUGUUUCUUCAAGUGAUGCUAUACAGCCUGGCUGGCUUGUAAAUUUUCUCCAGAAUAUUGAUUCCAGGCAAAUCAAGGAGAUGCAAGCAAAUCUUGCUGAGUAUUCCCGGCACUUUUUAUAUUCAAGUCCAUCUCAACCGCUUGGACCAGAGGAUUUAACCUGGAGAAUGAUUGCUGGUAAGUUGGUGAAUAUCAAGUUGCAUUUGCGUCGAUCUCAACGUGUGGUGAAGGGGUCACGAAGCCUGUGCACUUGCGAGUGCCGGAGCGCAAACAGCACGAGAGCAGAGAUACCAUAACCUGAUGUACUCCCUUUCUUUGUGGCUGGAAUGUUUUUGAAUGUUUGAUCCGCUUUAGUAUUGACGAAGUACAUUUGUUUUUGCUUCAUUUCAAACUCUUUUUACCCCCCAUAAUGAUAUUGUGAUAAUGUACUGUUGAAUUAAUAGGUUGAAAAGAAACAUUUGAUCAGCUUUUUUAUCUGCA